CAAGGAAAUGCUAUUCAAUUACUUUUUAUUUUUUCCAUUAAAAGAAAAAAGAGAUUUUCUAAAUACAGAGGUCAAAAGGUUUCAUUGAGAUCGAGAAUUCUGAAAAAAGAAAAAGAAAAAAAAAAAGAGUCGCAGAGGCAGACGCAGAUCCGCAUCGAUCAUGUGGUUAAGCCAUGGUUUUCUGGCCCUAGCUUCCGGUAACAGUGCCCUUCUAUCGAGGCUCGGCUCAGCCGGUAGCCGGUCGGCAGCCACCUCUCUACGAAACGUCUGAAGAUUCUGCAAAUCGUGCCCUCGCUCGCUAGCUCAUGGCGGCUUCGAGGAAUCUGGCCAUACGAGACGAAGAGAGGGCCUCGGAGGACUCUCCGGCGGCGAAGAAAUCUAAAUCCGAGAGAUAUCCUCUAACGCGCUGGGGAGUGGCGGUGGCUCUCGGCGGUUUUUUGGUCUUCUCCGCCUUGCUCUUCUGCAUUUACCGCGCAAUGCCGCCUCCCGACUACCAUAUGAUUAAGCUGCCACGUUCCCUCGCCGAUCUUCGUAGGCUCAAAGAUCAUCUUGGAAGCUACGCCAAGGGUCACCCUGCACAGUUCAUCCUGGGUUAUUGCUCCACCUACAUAUUUAUGCAAACUUUUAUGAUCCCUGGAACAGUUUUCUUGUCAUUGUUGGCUGGAGCUCUUUUUGGAGUUGUUAGAGGAAUUAUACUAGUCGUUUUCAAUGCUACGGCCGGAGCUACUUCUUGUUUCUUUCUUUCCAAGUUAAUUGGCAGACCUAUAGUUAGUUGGAUGUGGCCUGAAAAAUUGAAACUCUUCCAGUCAGAGAUAGCAAAGCAGAGAGAGAAGCUGCUUAAUUACAUGAUUUUUCUGAGGAUAACGCCUACACUACCCAACAUUUUUAUUAACUUGGCAUCACCUAUUGUCGAUAUACCAUUUCAUGUUUUCUUCUUGGCUACGCUGAUCGGUCUUGUUCCAUCAUCUUAUAUUAUGGUCAGGGCCGGUCUUGCUCUUGGGGAUCUCAAGUCUGUCAAGGAUUUGUAUGAUUUCAAAACUUUGACAGUACUCUUCUUCAUCAGUUCUCUGUCCGUACUUCCCACCCUUUUAAAGAGAAAGCGAACAUACGAAUGAAGCGUACUAAAUUCUAAUUAUUUAACCAUGAGUUAUCAGGAUCUACCAUCUACUGGAAUCAAGGAUAGGAGGAUCUAAGUCUAAAUUAUGUCAAUGUUUAAUUACUGAAUCUUCACUGAAGCUUAUUCUUUUGGACUAUGAGCAUAAUAUUAUUUUUUCA